CAUGAAGACAUGCGCACCUACAACCUUCGCUCAUCUUUUGCAUCAUGCAGGCAAUAACGACGCCAACAAAUCCCGUCCCACCUAAAUCAUACAAUUUCAGCCUGGAGGAUAUGAAAAACACGAAAAUAUUCAAUAACCAACCAGCUUCCCCUCUGUACUCGGUGGUCACCGACAUAAAGUCAGACAAGCGGACUGAGAUCUUUGAUGCUCGUGGCAAUCGCUUGUUGGCUAGGGUCGACAGGAGAGAUAUCCUGCCAGACACCAUCACGUUUCCCAACCGAAAUAAUGGCUCUUCAAUAAACCUCAGUAAAUGGCUGCAGAAAAGCAAGCUUGAGAAUGGACAUCAUAUCCACUCCAUUGAGACUGCACAUGGAACUUACGUGUGGAAGUCAGACGCCGAAUACCGACUUGCUUUGUAUCGGAAGGGUGACAUGUCCAACCCUGUUGCGCACCUCCAACCGGGAACGCGGACCCAAAACUUCGCGGUAAUCAUGCAGGAAGAAGCGGAGCUCAUUCGCGACGACGUCAUCGUGUCCUUCUUGAUUCUCGAACAACGCCUAAGAAUAUUUGAGAAGAACAUCGUCGUCGGAGGGGGAAAGUUCGAGCAAAAUCGCACGGUAUUGGGACAUCGCGUUAAUACACCGUGAUUCCCUGGGCGUGGAUCCACGUCAAGGAUCUUGAGUCUGGAAAACUAUAGAUUUCUUGGGGUAACGUGAACUAGUUCGCAGCUGAAAGGGGGUACCAUUCUUUGGGAUUGUAUACGGGG